AUGACUGACAAACUUACAAGGAUUGCGAUUGUAAAUUCGGACAAGUGUAAACCAAAAAAAUGUAGACAAGAGUGUAAAAAAUCUUGUCCAGUGGUUAGAAUGGGUAAACUUUGUAUCGAGGUGACACCUGAUAGCAAGAUUGCUUAUAUUUCAGAAGAAUUAUGUAUUGGCUGUGGUAUAUGCAUCAAAAAAUGUCCAUUUGGUGCUAUUAUGAUCAUUAACCUUCCAACUAAUCUAGAAAAAUUGGUAACUCAUCGUUACUCUGCCAACUCUUUUAAACUUCAUCGUUUGCCUAUUCCUAGACCAGGUCAAGUACUUGGAUUAGUUGGUACAAAUGGUAUUGGAAAAAGUACUGCUUUGAAAAUUUUGGCAGGAAAAUUGAAACCUAAUUUAGGAAGAUAUGAUGAUCCUCCAGAUUGGCAAGAAAUCUUAAAAUACUUUCGUGGAUCAGAAUUACAAAAUUAUUUCACAAAAAUAUUAGAAGAUAAUUUAAAGGCUAUUAUCAAACCACAAUAUGUUGAUCACAUUCCAAGAGCUGUUAAAGGUGUAGUUACUGAGUUAAUUGAUGCAAAGUUAGAACGUGAUAAUAAGGAAGAAAUGAUUGAUGCUUUGGAUUUGCGUGAAAUACUGAGACGUCAAGUUAAUGAAUUAUCUGGUGGAGAACUUCAACGCUUUGCUAUCGCUGUUGUGUGUAUUCAAAAUGCUGAUAUUUACAUGUUUGAUGAACCUUCAUCUUAUUUGGAUGUUAAACAACUUUUAGAUUAUCUUUCUGAUUUUAUUUGUGUGCUUUAUGGAAUGCCAUCAAUAUAUGGUGUCGUUACUAUGCCUUUUACUGUUCGUGAAGGCAUUAAUAUUUUCUUGGAUGGUAAAGUGCCAACGGAAAAUUUAAGAUUCCGUGAUGAAUCUUUGACUUUUAAAUUAGCAGAAACCGCAGAAGAUGAAAAAGAAGUUGAUAAAUUUAGAAGAUAUCAAUAUCCAGACAUGAAGAAAACUUUAGGUGAUUUUGAUCUGACUGUUAAUGCUGGAGAGUUUACUGAUUCAGAAAUUAUUGUUAUGCUUGGUGAAAAUGGAACAGGAAAAACAACAUUUAUCCGUCUUCUAGCUGGUAUAACAAAACCUGAUGGUGAAGAACAUGUGCCAGAGUUAAAUGUUAGUUAUAAACCUCAAAAGAUUUCACCUAAAUAUCAAGGAACAGUCAGAACACUUUUUCUUCAAAAGAUCAAACCAGCAUUUAUGCAUGCACAAUUUCAAACUGAUGUUGUCAAACCUAUGCAAAUUGAUCCUAUUAUAGAUCAAGAAGUUAUACAUUUGUCUGGUGGUGAACUUCAACGUGUUGCUAUUGUGCUUGCAUUAGGUCAACCUGCCGAUAUUUAUUUGAUUGAUGAACCUUCUGCUUAUUUAGAUUCAGAACAACGUAUUAUUGCUGCAAAAGUUAUCAAAAGGUUUAUCUUACACAAUAAAAAGACUGCAUUUGUUGUUGAGCAUGAUUUUAUAAUGGCUACAUAUUUAGCAGAUCGUGUUGUUGUAUAUGAAGGUCAACCUUCUGUUAAAGCGCUUGCUAAUUCACCGCAAUCUUUGUUAUCAGGAAUGAAUAAAUUCCUUUCAUCAUUGGAGAUUACAUUUAGACGUGAUCCAACUAAUUUUAGGCCUAGAAUUAAUAAAGUUGGAUCAUCAAAAGAUAAAGACCAAAAAUUGAAUGGCAAUUACUUCUUCCUUGAAACAGAAACCUAA